AUGAGGUUUGUCAGUGUUGCGAUUAUCGUUGCGACUAGUAGUAAUGUCGAAGCCUUUCGAUCAGUUCCUACCUUCUCGAGACCAGCUUCGUCCCUUUCGGUCGCGACGGAUCCAGACAAGCUGUUGUUUGAAACUACGCGCAAACAGGUGCAGGAUUACUAUGGCCAGACUCUGCAAACUUCCGACGACUUGGCGACAAACGCUUGCUGCACAGCCGGAGCUCCUCCUACCUACAUUCAGGAGUGCCUCAAUAGAAUUAAUCCCACGACUUUGAAAAAGUACUACGGCUGUGGCCUCUGCUUACCCUCCUAUGAUUUAGAGGGCUGCAGUGUACUGGAUCUAGGUUGUGGUGCCGGGCGGGAUGUUUACAUUGCAUCACAGCUUGUCGGGAAGGAAGGUCGUGUUGUUGGUGUGGACAUGACACCAGAGCAAUUGGAGACUGCCAAGGACUAUCAGGAUUAUCACUCGGAAAAGUUUGGAUUCGCCAAUACUGAAUUUCAUCAAGGGUACCUCGAGUCGCUGGAUGAUAUUGAUGCCUUGGAAAAGGAAUCGUUUGACGUCAUUAUCAGCAAUUGCGUUAUCAAUCUUUGUACUGACAAGCCAGCGGUGUUGAAGGCUUGCUACGAUCUGCUUAAGCCUGGUGGUGAGUUGUAUUUUUCAGAUGUGUAUGCUAAUCGGCGCGUUCCGGAAACUCUGCAAAAGAAUCCACUCUUGUGGGGAGAGUGUCUUUCCGGGGCCUUGUACUGGAACGAUUUUCAGAAUAUGGCCAAACAAGCCGGCUUCAACGAUCCUCGCUUAGUAGAAGAUGCUCCGAUUACGGUAGAAUCCAAGAAGGUACAGAAUAUGAUUGAUAGCGAGGGUCACUCGUCCAUCAAGUUUUUCUCAGCAACCUAUAGACUCUUUAAGAUGCCCGAACUCGAGCCCGCGUGUGAGGAUUUUGGGCAGGCCGUCAUCUAUAAGGGGACUCUUCCACGAGCAGAGAGUGGCUGGCUACUGGACAAGCAUCAUUAUUUUGAAGCCGGGCGGAUUCAUCCUGUGUGUGGCAACACAUGGUUCAUGCUCAAGAAUCGCAAUCUCGCGGAUCAUUUUGAUUUUGUUGGUGAUUUUUCUCGUCACUACGGAAUUUUCGAAGGAUGCGGCAGCUCAUUGCCUUAUGAUUUGCAGCCGGCUAGCACUGGUAAGGGGACUUCAAUUGAAAGCAAUAGUAGUGGAAAUGGUGGUGGUUGCUGCUAG